CCGACUUCCAGUGUGAACAUGCUGACGAUCAGUUCAGUGUUUGUUCUCCGAUGACAGCUGAAAGAUGGGGGAGCUGCAGUCCUUGCGAGUCUUCAUCAACGGUUUGGAUCAAAAGUCUUUACCCCGUAUACUACAGGUCUGCUCUGGGGUCUAUUUUCAAGGGUCAGUAUAUGAGCUUUCAGGGAGUGAAGUGUGUUUAUCUACUGGAGACCUGAUGAAGAUCAUUAGUUUGGAGCUUCUGUCUGUGUCUUGUGAGGAGAUUGACACCGGAACAUCAUUUGAAUUGCCUAUUGAGUAUUCAGGUCAGUUUCAACUCAUCGCUGAGGAUCUGCCAUACAACACAAUAAAGGAACUUGUGUGUUUGUGUCCUGUUGAUGUGGAUACCUGUGGCUCCUUCACCUUCGUUAGCAGAAAUGAUCUGACUGUAGACAAUUUCACGCUACCUGCUGGAAAUCAGUUGACCCUGCGGUCAGUGGAGCUUGAUGAAGAUGGGGCAAGAUAUGCACGGUGUCGGCUGGUUGGGAAAAACAUGGCCUCUGUAGAGAUCCUCCUACCCCUAUCACUCAAGGGGGAGUUUUAUGAGUGUGAAGAUGAUCGUGGUUAUUCUCUGCAGGAAAUCACAUCAUCUGCCAGGCUGAGCGGCUGUCGCUUCCGCAGUAGAAAUGUGAAAAACAAUGGGAGCCCAUUAGUUUUUAGCCCAGUUUAUGAAAUUCAAGCCAUUAUGCAUAUGAGGAAGGACAUAGUCAAGUUCCCCUCCAGCCUGGAAGUGGAUGUCCAGGACGUGACAGACCAGUUUCAGGAUUUAGUGUUCAUCACUCCACUAUCAUUGUCUGAAGUUGCAAGAAAACCAAAAGAGUUGUUCCCCACUAUCGCAGAGAUCCUGGACGGCCCAGAGGGUAACCAGUUUUUUAAUUGCAGCUGGUUCCAAGAACUGCAAAAAGGCAGGCAUCUAGUUUUACAUGGUUGGGGUGAAACACCAAUGGUAUUAGCCUCAACUCCAAAGGGGAGGAAGGGAAAACAGUACUUCCUAAUCUCACAGAGAUAUGGUGGACGAAUGAGAAAGAGGGCCAGGGAAUUUGGAUCCAUCUAUGAGCUGUACUUGGCAUCCUCUCAGUCUCCGGGAUUGAAGGUUAGUGUGACGCGGGACUGUGAAGGGGUAGAGGAAGAGGGAAUACCUGCCCUCAGUGUUGGCGAUCAUCUUGAAAUUCUGCGGAUGGCAUCGGUGGACAGAUUGAAGGAUGAAUCUGGAGCUGCUCAGAAAGUAGAAAGUCUCAUUUGCAAACAGACUAUGGAAGUGGAUGACGAGGAUGACGAAGAUGGUGGCGAAGAACUUGCUCUGCCUCUGUUCAUGGAAGGCCACUUUGUGGAAAAGCUUUCAGAUAACAAGAAGUACAGUUUAACAGACUUGAUGAACAGCUCUUUGCCUUUUGAUAUCAAAGUGGUGACUCGAGAUAAAGAGCUAGAGAAAGAUCUGAUGGGCUUGUCAGCGCUUAAGCUUGAGGAAACUUUCAUAGAGACCACGGUGUUGACCAGCCUACCCAAUAAUCCAGAUUGGUGCUUUGAGUUGCCGGUACGCUGGUUACAAAUGUCUCUCUGUUUCACCUCUGAUCAUCUGCCGUGGUCCAUUGGUGAGCCCCCCGAACUUCAUGUAGAAACAGUCACUGAGGUAUCAGAGAACUUCUACUAUGAAUAUCACAAACUCACAAGCAGAGCUGAGGAACCUCCUCCUCGUCCACCGAAGAGAAAGCCAUCUGCUUCAAAAGCACCAGAAAAAUCUGUACAACCCAAGUCUAGAUUUUCUAAAGCAUUACCAAACCUAACCAACACAAUGACCCAACAACUUAAUGAUCUCUCGCUGGGCCAAACAAAGGCGAGACGCCCCCCUGCUCCGCCUUCUCCUGACGAUACUCCAGAACAGCCCCCUCCACUUUUGCCUAGAAAAAGCAUAUCAAGAGCAGAGAGCACCAGUCAGCCUAAUAUGUAUGUGAAAAGACCAACAACGGCACGAAUAUCAGCAAGGAAGCUCUCCGAUGAUGAUGAUGACCAUGACUAUGAGUCAAUUGAAGAAACACUUCAAAUGACCCAUGAUAGCAUCAUGCACUAUUAGACCAAGGACAAUCUGGACUAACUACACAAAAGAAAGAGUCUGCUGGUUCUCCAUGACAAGCAGUGCAGUAGAAAUCCCAGAUGUCAAAGGAAAUGUGGGAUACUCCAUUGCACCCACACCUAGAAGUUGACAUGGCCUGCUGUAUGACAUGAUUUUGCGGAUUCUUUUAUAGUUAUUGUGCAAACACUUUUUUAUGAUCUCAUAUUGAGAUUUCAUGGAACAGUUGAUGAAAAACUUCAGUAAAAU